AGAGUAGGAAAGUCAGAAGCCAAUGGGACGUGGCCAACAUUACCAGGAGAAGCGCGUAUACGGAAACUGGAGAAACUCCUCCUAUCCUAAGUAUCUACAACCUUAGAAUGUCAAUGUAAUGAUUCAGAGAAGAGCAUCAGACAGCCAACCAAAGCCGAAGAGCCUAAAGCAGAAGGCCAGCUCAGACUCAGAGCCUCAAGAAUUCCGAGGAAGAGUUGCCUCAUCGUUCACAUUAUUAUUAUUAUUAUAAUGUAAUAAAGAAAUAAAAACAUCGAUCGUCGCUUGAUGUAGUGAGACAUCAAACGCUGCUGGUGGUGGUGGUGGUGCAUCGUUCAUGUAUAUAAUAUUACUGAUCUCCACAUAUGCUUGAUAGCUUUGUGUAAAUAUUAUAUAUAUAUAUAUGAUAUUCCGAAUCCUCGAAAUCAUUUUCUUGUUCCGCUUCAGACGUUAGAUUCAAAGUUGAAAAGGCCACGCUUGUUUACAGACAUACGUACGCCUCUUUCUCGCUUCCAUAUUCCUCAAAAGUUGAAACCACCACCACAUCUCUCCAGAGAAUUCUGAAGAACUACAUAUACUACCUCCCUGAUUCCCACUCUGUAUAAUUGUUCUCAGUCUGUUUUGCAGUUCAUGGACAUCUUUCUUCUUAUCCAAUAGUUGAAGUCAAUGGGUACUUUCUGAAUUGAUCAGUAUGUAUCGUUGAAAUGAAGCAGACUGGUUGAGGGUUUUCAGUUGUCUAGAUAAGCAAACAUCACGGAAAUAGCCAUUUACCAUAUUGAUAGAAGUAUUUUAGCAGAUUCUUGCCACUGAGAUUUGACUUCUUGUUUCAGCUUUGAGGGAAAUAAAAAGAUCAUCUUUUCAUCUAGAUGUAGAGUUUAUGUGAUUAUUCUAGAUGAUCUUUACUCAACUUGAACUUAGAAUCUCCGUGCUUGUUGUUUCCUUGUAAUCCACCCAUCUCGUGUUUGCUCACCCCCAAUGACACCUUAAAUUGUAAUCCUUGUAUCUCCAACUAAUUUUAAAAUUCCAUCAUCAAAAGUUGUGAGUGUCGGGCCAGAUUGCAUUUGUCAGUUUCAUAGGUGGAUGAGGGUUGGGCUGCCAUCUAAGACCAUGAAUCACAAUAUUUUCAUAUCUACCAAAGAAAGUGAGGCUACCAGAAGAGUCACACAGUCAUAUUAUGCUACCGUCUCCCCAAUACGCAAUUUUUUGACUGUGGAAUCAGAGGGCAGAUGUUUAUUGGCUAGUGAAUGUUCAUCUUCACGUCCAUCUCCUUUCAUACGAACAGAAUCGCUAAGUUCUGCUUGUACACAAGCAUGUACUGUCCAACCUCAAGAGUAUCGUUCAGAAUCUGGACAAAAUAGUCCUCUGUCUCCUGGUCCUCGUGACCAAAAUUCUAAGAGCACAUUUUCACGUUCAUCCUUGUUCUGUACCAGUUUAUACCAGUCUUCUUCAUCAAGCUCUGAAACCCAUAGGCAGCUUGGAAAUCUACCAUUUCUUCCACAUCCUCCAUCCUACAACCAGUCCGUUGUUUCUGCUGCUGAUUCAACAAAAACUCCAUUGCUUUUCAGAGAGGAUAUGGACGAUCAAUAUGAUGAAGAGCAUUCAGAGGCUCUUAUGACAGACUUCCUUAAUUUGCCUGGAGAUGCUUCUGACGGUAGCCUUCAUGGUGUAAAUUGUGCAAAUGACAGUCUAGCACUUACUGAGCAAAUGGAACUACAUUUUUUGCCUGAUGAUCUUCACAUGGCUAUCACUGACCAUGGAGAAAGUCCCAGGCUUGAUGAAAUUUAUGAAACACCACCAGCUUCAUCAAAAAAUUCAAAACCAGCUAUAGGAUUGACAUGCAAUCGAAGUUGUCUCUCUGUGUUGCCAACUCUUGAUGAGGAAUCAAGUUUGUCAUCGCCUGGUUCAGCCACUGUGCACAAGCCAAGAAUGAGAUGGACACCUGAGAUCCAUGAAUGCUUUGUGGAGGCUGUCGACAAGCUUGAUGGGGCUGAAAAGGCUACUCCAAAGGGUGUGUUGAAGCUUAUGAAUGUCAAAGGCCUGACCAUCUAUCAUGUGAAAAGCCACUUACAGAAAUACCGUCUUGCGAAGUAUAUGCCAGAGAAAAAUGAAGAGAAGGCUUCUGCCCUGAAGAAAAGAAAGCAGCUUCAACUAGCAAUGAAAGUGAUGGACGUAGAAAAGGGAGCAUUCAAAUCACAGAGGCUCUGCGCAUGCAAGUGGAGGUUCAGAAGCAGCUGCAUGAACAACUUGAGGUCCAACGGGACCUUCAGUUACGCAUGGAGGAACACGCAAGGUACUUGCAAAAGAUCUUGGAGGAACAACAGAAAGCUGGCAUUGCCUUGAUUUCUCCUCAAACCAUGUCUUCACCGACUAAUCCAUGCCAAGAUUCUGAACUGUGGCCUUCUUCUGCAUCAGCUGGUUCAUCACCCCCACUUCCUGCCGAAUCCAAAACUGAUUCAACUUCACCUCUAUCAUCCAAGUAUAAAUCUACUGAAAGUGGUGAUUCAAAGCCACAACCAUGCUCAAAGAGGCUUCGUCUGGAAGAGAAACAUGAUUCAGGUUCAGAUAAGGCUGCAGUUGGACUUAAAGAUGCUGUGUCAUGACAUGUUAUCUCUAGUAUUUGCAUCAUCCCCAAAAUGACCCAGCUCCUGUAAAUCCGUGAAUCACAUGUAAACUUGUAAUUGAAGUAAUAUUUGCUUGAUUUGUAUUGCUUGACAUUUUUAGUACUCCAAAAGGAAAAGAAAUUCAAUUGCUUUGGUUAA